GAACCGAAGUGCAACCAUCCGUCACAUCACAAACCGAAAAAGGCCGCGACGAGCCGACCAGCUCUACUGCCCCCUUCCGGCCUUCGGCGACCGUGACGAGCAACGACGACCACGGCGACGAUGGCCGCUUCCUCCCUCUGCCACGGGCACUUGCUCCUGUUUCUCCUCGUGUCCGUCACAUCGGCCUGCCUCGGUACCGCGGCAGCGCAUCAAGCCGGGUCUGGAGAGGGUUACACGAUCGCCGGCCGCGUCAAGAUCGAUGGCAUGAGUGAGAAGGGCUAUGGUCUUCCAGCCAAGACAUCAAACACAAAAGUGAUACUUAAUGGCGGCCAAAGGGUUACAUUUGCCAGGCCAGACGGCUACUUUGCAUUGUAUCCUACAAAUGAUUCAUUACCCCACAACGUGCCAGCUGGAACUCAUCUGAUUGAGGUCUCCUCAAUUGGUUACUUCUUUUCCCCUGUCCGAGUUGAUAUAAGUGCAAGGAAUCCUGGAUAUAUUCAAGCAGCAUUGACUGAAACCAGAAGGGUUCUGAAUGAGCUUGUUCUGGAACCUCUGAAAGAAGAGCAGUACUAUGAGGUUAGGGAGCCGUUCUCCAUCAUGUCACUUUUGAAGAGCCCCAUGGGGUUAAUGGUUGGUUUUAUGGUCUUAAUGGUCUUUGUGAUGCCCAAGAUGAUGGAGAACAUAGAUCCCGAGGAGAUGAAGCAAGCUCAAGAACAAAUGAGGAACAACCCUGUAUCAUUCUCUGGCUUGCUCGCCAGAGCGCAGGGCUAGAGAAGUAGACUGUAGACAUGAGGAUACUGCAAAGGUCAAACAUUCUAGAAUGUGAGUAAGAGCACUAUUAAAGUGCUUGGCACGUCACUCACUCGGGGCAAUUUCCUGGGGAUAAGAAGGAAAUCCUUUCCCCCUGUUUUUACCGUAUUUUAGGGCUAGUUUGGGAACACCAAUUUCCUAAAAGAUUUAUAUUUUCCCAUGGGAAAAUGAACUAAUUUCCCUUGGGAAAAUAAAAAUCUUUUGGAAAUUUGGGGUUCCAAACUAGCCCUUAAGUUGUAAUUUGUCUGCGGUGUAGAACCUUCUGAAACCUCUGAGCUAGUGAUGCGUCAGAUUGAGAUAUUUUGUUCAAUGUUUGCUGUUUGAAUCA